AUGGCGUCUCAAGAAACCACAACCAAUCAAAGAGAAGGAGCUGAGAUCGUCAACGGCGCAUCAAUGUGCAAGCAAAAAGCAAACGAGAUGUUAUCAUCCAUGAACCUACCUAAAGGACUUUUACCUCUAGACAACAUGACAGAGGUCGGUUACAACAAAUCAACAGGUUAUAUAUGGAUCAAGAUGAACAACAGUGUUCAGCAUCAGUUUAAAGCCAUCGGCAAAAACGUAUCGUAUGAUGCGGAGGUCAGUGCGAUCGUUGAGAACCGUCGGAUGCGUAGUCUCACGGGAAUCAAGAGUAAAGAGCUUUUCAUUUGGGUCACGAUCACUGAGAUUUAUAUUGAUGAACAAGAUACCACGAAAAUCACCUUUGCGGGUCGCUCGGGAUUGUCACGUUCUUUUCCCGUAUCUGCGUUUGAGGAAGAGGAGAAGUGAUUUAUCAACGGUCUUAAAACUUUGCUUUAUAAGCUAUAUAU